UAAAGGUUUACUUAAAAGCCAAGAUGGCUCCUUUAAAGAGGAGGCAAAAGAGAUACAAGCUGAACUGAGUUUUUUUUCUCCUCCAUGUUAGUCAACAGCAAUAGAAUGACUGCAUACUCCCCUAGUCCUCCAGUCAUUAUUUUUGGCUGUUCUUUAGAACUAUAAAAGACCUGACUAGGCCACCAUGGCUUUGCAUAACUUGUACAACACCUGCAAUGUUUUCAUGUUUUUCCUGCUCCUGUCUGUGUUUUUUGAUAAAAGUCAGGGGGCAACAGGACUGAGUCGACGAACUUCUACUGAGGACCCUGCUGUGCCGUUGUUCCAAGCUUUGUCAGAGAAAGUACCCCAUGGUGUUCGGUGGAAGAGGCAUUUGGAUGGCCCUGAAAUGCACUUUAUGAUGGAUCUGUACAACAGAGCAGCUGAUAUGAAUGGGCGACCAAAGGAUAACAGAACAACAGGGUCUGACACUAUUCGAAUGGUGAAACCACGAAGAGGUCUGUUACAUCACAAGAAAGGCCCCCAGAGUACACAGUAUGAUUUGAAAUUUAUUCCAGAUCUACAGAACAUGAUAAAAGUAGCCUUUGUCUUCUUUCAAGAGAAGUCUUACGACAGAAUACCAAUUUCUUGUCAAAUAAAAGUCCUAUCUAAAUUCAAAAGCAGACGAGACACCAACUUUGAUAUUGCCAGCCGCUUAAAGAGCACUUUUACAAUCUCCUUUAACUUUCAAGAUAAGAUGGCUGAAGUGGACAUUACUUCACACCUCUUUCCACUUCUCAAAAGCCUUUGGAACAAAUGUAUGCUGUAUCUUAGCUACACAUGUGUCAAGACAGGGGCAGAAGAUCGUGACAAUGCAGGUGAACAUGUCCACUUGCAAGUGCCUUCCUUGCUGUUUUACCUCCGUGACAAACUGAGGAAGAGACAAAAAAUGAAGAGUGGAAUGGAAUUAACAAAUGAGCACAAGGGCACAGGACCCAUACUUUCUAGAAAAGUCCGUGAGUUGAAAAUUAUCAAUAUGGAUAGCUCUGAUUACCAUAAGCAAGAAACUGUUCUGCCAAACCAGUGCCAGCUGUAUUCCAUCAGAGUAAGCUUUCAGCAACUAGGCUGGGAUCACUGGAUAAUUGCACCUCAUAGGUACAACCCAAGAUACUGUAAAGGAGACUGCCCUCGUGUUCUUCACUAUGGCUACCACUCGCCCAACCAUGCUAUUGUACAAAACUUCAUUAACGAGCGUGUUGACAAAAAUGUUCCUCGGCCGUCUUGUGUCCCUUAUAAGUACAAACCUAUUAGUGUUUUAAUGAUUGAGCGCAAUGGUGAUAUCGUCUAUAAGGAAUAUGAAGAUAUGAUAGCCGAAUCUUGCACAUGCAAAUGAACACUUUACUGGGGGGAGUCAAAUGAACACUUUACUGGAGGAGUCUCUCAGAUGUGGCCAUAUCGCAUUAUCUUGGUGGAGGAACAGUCCCAACUAAUAAUCUGCCUCCUACAAAAAAAAAAAAAAAAAAAUCCAGAAAAAAAUAUCUGACAUUACAUGCAAGUUGCCUUUAUUUCAAGAUGUGCCUUAGUGUGCUUUAGAGCCUUAGAAACCGACUCCCUUCUUGCACUUGGAGUAACUGUCUUUUCUUUUUUUCUAAAUCUUGGUCAAGAGAUUAAAAUAUCACAUGGAACACUGUAAUAGAAUUUUAUAGCUUUUUCAGAGUUUUGACUUUUAACACAACAAAAUGGAAAGAAAAAAAGGAAAAAGGACCCAGCGUUGGGCCUUAAACCCGAAACAUAAAAGCUUUCUUCUCUGUAAUGUUAUUUCUGGGCACACUGCCUUUUGCUGGCAGAAUUUAUGAAAUCUCUGAAAGAGAAGAAGUACUUUAUUACCUUUAUGAAAUUGCACAUUCACUUAAAAUGAAAUAUUAAUUGUAUUAUUGUAUUUAAAAUGUUGUAUAAGGUAUAACUCAGUUUAUUUCCAUUGUACACCUAUUUAUAAAGAUGUACACUAAAGCACUAUGUGCCAUCUUAAAAUGUGGAAAAUAUUGCAGGUGUCCCUUCUCAGAGUACUUUGUUUCCCUAGUUUUAUACACCGCAGGCCACCUAUAAUCAGUUUAAUAGAUAUGGACAGAAAAUGUGAGUAACACCACCUGUCCUUAAAUGUAAAAAAAGUAUUUAUAUAUUAAUAUAUAAUAUUUUUUAACCAAGGAAGAGGUUUUGAUCAUCACAAAACUGUAAUUUAUGUGCUAUUUUAAUAUCUAGUUAUCUUAUUUGCACUGAAAUGAAAUAAAAGCAGACUCACCUUUUUCCUAUUAAAAAAUCAAUCUCUAGAUGUUUAUAUAUAUAUAUGUGUGUGCCUGUAUUUUAGUGGGCUAUAACAUUUAAUUCAGGGUCGGUCGAAUCCAGAUGUUAUUUCUUUAUAGGACAAAAUACAUUUGUUCCCUUUGUCCAUAUAUGAAACGGUAAAAGUGUGUUUCCAUGUCUUCAUAUGCUUUGUGUGAAACAUUACAUAACUCAGAAUGUAUAAUACAUGUGGGAAAUAAAUAAGUAAAAAUG